AUGACAGUGAUGGCGACAGGAAGGAAUAUACUGAUACUUUCCUCGGCUCGUAGCUCUCUCCGCACAAAAGUCGUAGCAGGGAAAUCUCCCAGAAUCCCCUCCUCAAGUCGGGUGGGCAGCAGCGUCUGGGGGCAACAGCCUGAGCAGGUGGACAGAAUCUUCCAGGCUUUGAGGAAAGGGCUCAAGGACUACUUGGAAAACCAUCAAACAGAGCUGGACUUCCUGUCAUCCCAGCAGAGAGACACAAAGAGGAACUCCAGACUGGCUUUUUUCUAUGACCUGGAAAAGGAGAUACGAGCCUUAGAGAGAUACAUACGGCGCCUUGAGUUUCAAAUUAGUAAGGUUGAAGAGCUGUAUGAGUCCUAUUGUAUCCAGUGGCGGCUCUGCCAAGGAGCAUUGAACAUGAAGAGAGCUUUCUCUCUGUCCCCGUCUUCACGACAGUCUAGGGAGAGUCUACUGGAGCUGAACCGCAACCACAGACACAGCCUGGAGGAUAUGUGUGCAAUGGAAGGAGAACUGGAAAUCCUGCUGGGCGAGCUGCAAAUCAAAAUGAAAGGGUUGAUAGGAUUUGCUCGACUCUGCCCUGGAGAUCAGUAUGAGGUAAGGAGAGUCUCAGUUUCUUGUUCCCUCACUUUUUCUUCCUUCAGUCCAUUUGAUAGCUGUGAGGUGAGGCCUCUCACAGCGUCCGCCAGCCGACAGUCCAUCCACAGCAGAAAGGGAUCCGUAUAUAGCUGGACGCCUCCCAACACACCCAGUUUCACUGAGAAAUACUUUCUAUCUAUGAUGCGUCAGAUACAGGAUGCGGAUGCCUCUUUCUCCAUUGGCUCACGUGAAUCGAGGGGCGUGUCUUUACUCAGCUACCUGGCUGACUCCACCCAGGCACUCAGUCCUCCUGCCUAUGAGAAGACAAGCGACCCACCAACCACACACCACCCUGUUCUAGACACUAAAUUACAGGAUGACAAUCUACUGAAGACGCCCACAGAAGACGCUGAGGAGAGUGUGGAAUGGCCAUCAGAGACUGACACAGCUUCCCCCAGUCCUGCGGGCAGCAAGCGAGACUCCAUAUUCCUCUUCCACCGCUACAGCACGCCUGACAUCCUCAAGCAAAAUGGAGAGGCGACCCCCAGCACAGAGACGACGGCCCCGGAUGAGGCCCCUGAAGAGGAGACCUUGUUCAAGCAGGGAAUUGAAGACAGACUCCUGGUGAAGGACAGCAAAGCGGGCAGAGCACAGAAGAGAGCUGUGGCUAAGAGAGUGAGUUCACUGCUAGAUGAUCUGAAUACAGAGCUGGAGGAAAUGAGCAACGCAGAGACAUUAAAGAAGCUAGAUCUGCAGAUACGCCAGCUGAACGAGGUCUUGAAGAAGGACCUCGACCCUCCACAGAUGCCCUCAUCUCAGACACUAGCAGUAGAGGAAGAGGAAGUGCUGGGCAGUUUCGACUUCCUCUCAGCAGAUUGUAAUGAAGAUGAAAUAUCAAAUAUGGGCAGCAUCAGACUUGGGUACACUGGGAUUGGUUCCUUUAACGAGAACACCCUGAAAAGCAUGGGUCUGUUAUCUCAGGAUAAAACCUCUCCGUCCUCAGGAGAGGUCAGACAGAGAGGAGGCGCUCCAGUAAAGCCGUCACUCAGCACAGGGGUCUACAGUCUGGAUCAAGCUCUUGAAACCCACCUCAGUGUCUGCACAGUGCUGCUGGGGGCUCUGAAGUGUUCUGACUCCGAUCUUGUGCACAAAGACGUGAUGGAGGAGCUCUCGCGGCAAGUUGACGUGCUGGAAAAAAUCGCCACUCUGUCGCAGAGGAUGAUAGAGGAGAUCUCAGUGUCAGAAUUGUUGACCAGAGCUCCUAAGGGGAUUGAAGUAUUUUGGAAGGAGGGCUGCGAGAGUGACUCGCCUUUCUGCUGCUCCACGGAUGGGUUUCUCAGGACACUGCGCAAACAGUUCAUCCACAAAGUCAAAGCCAAACAGCCAGGCCAGGCUGAUGCAGUUUUCAGUCAGUUGCUGCAUCAGGUGCAGUGCAGCUGUAUGAUGGCGUCUGUGACUCAGCGCACUACAGACCGAGUGACUGUGUUUCAGCUGUUAGUCUACCUCAACAGAUGGAGUAUCACUGACUUUGGGGAGCACAUCUCUCUCCUCUCUAAAGAAGUGUAUCUGAUAGCCAGUCUGGAGAGUCCCAAGAGGAGGCGAGCUUUGAAAAAGCUGAAAGGCAAGCGCAUCUCUGAGCUGCAGCCGACGGGACGCACCCUCCAGCUCCUGGCCAAGCUCCAGACAGAUGCCAAUCACAAGGUGGCUUCAGCGGCCACGUCCUGCCUCAGCAGGGCCUCGCGGUCCAAAUCCUUCAGGGCAAAGGCAGUGGUGCACUACACAGAUCUGCUGAGAAACAGCAACACACAUGUGCGGCAUGAGGCCUGUCUGGCUCUGAAAUGUCUAAAGGGCUCAGAGAGCGCAGAGCAGGUGGCUGAACUGUGGCGCUCCACAGAUGAAGACCUGAGGAACGCUGCACGGGAGACCGUACUUUCCUUCGGCAAGAAAGGUCACAUGGCAUUCCAGCGUAUGGACCAGAUCUAUGAGCUACAGGACGAGGCUUACAAAAACCUGGAAACAGAAAUCACAAUCUUAUAGGAAGACCACAAACCCAAUCUGUUACCUGAUUGGAUGGUGCUGAGAGACUGCGAGGUUUUGACUGAACACGUUUUAUCUGUGUGUACACAUAUUGCCAAGUAUUUAAUAUGCAGUUUUAUUAUUU